CUCAUGGCGCUAUACUGCGAUGCUACCAAGGAUGAGCCAAAGGAUCCUGGCUCCCCAUGGGCCCGUGGUCUCGUCAGCAAGCUCAGUGCGACGUCAAAAGCAAAACGCGGCAAUACUAGUCAUCAGACUCCGCUCUGGCCACCCUUCCUCGCCGCUAAUGCUCCGCCAGCAGGCUUCAAGCUCGAGGAUCUUGUUCUAGCAGAAGUACACUACACAAGCCAUAGCAUAGUGCUUAACUUCGGUCACUGCUGGUUCCAGUUGCAGUAUCUUACUCAUACAUCAAUUCAGACCUAUCACCAACAGUACUGGGAGGUCUUAAAGGAGACCUCGUACAUUGGGAAGGGC